AUGGAUUCAUGCCUAGUGAAGUUAAACCCUUGCUUGAAUCCUCUUUCUCCUCUUUACCCUUUCACGCCAUGUUCGUAUUCGCCGCCGCUCAGGCUUUCUUCUUGCUACUCCCGCCGCUUCUGUUCACCUGUCACCGUCAACGCCGCGAAGAAACCCUCCCAUAGCAUCCGUUCUGAAUUCGAUGACAGAAUCAACGGCGCUUUCUCUCCCGACUCUGAUUCCCGCUUCCUCGACCGUCAAAAGGCUUUAGACGCAGCUAUGAAUGACAUAAACAGUUCGUUUGGUAAAGGAAGUGUAACAAGAUUGGGGAGUGCUGGUGGAGCACUAGUAGAGACUUUUUCGAGUGGUGUUUUGACUCUUGAUCUUGCCUUAGGUGGAGGCCUUCCAAAGGGUCGGGUAGUCGAGAUAUAUGGACCAGAAAGUAGUGGCAAGACCACGCUAGCACUUCAUGCAAUUGCUGAAGUGCAGAAACUUGGAGGAAAUGCAAUGCUUGUUGAUGCAGAGCAUGCCUUUGAUCCAGCAUACUCUAAGGCAUUAGGUGUUGAUGUAGAAAAUCUUAUAGUGUGUCAGCCAGAUAAUGGCGAGAUGGCUUUAGAGAUUGCAGACCGUAUGUGUCGUUCGGGUGCAGUUGACCUUAUAUGUGUUGAUUCUGUCUCAGCACUUACUCCACGAGCCGAGAUUGAAGGUGAGAUUGGAAUGCAGCAAAUGGGCUUGCAAGCUCGUCUUAUGAGUCAAGCUCUUCGUAAAAUGUCAGGAAACGCUUCUAAAGCUAAUUGUACACUUAUAUUCUUAAACCAAAUAAGAUACAAGAUUGGUGUGUACUAUGGGAAUCCAGAGGUGACUAGCGGAGGAAUUGCAUUGAAGUUCUUCGCGUCGGUCCGGCUAGAAAUUCGUUCUGCCGGGAAGAUAAAAUCUAGCAAAGGGGAUGAAGAUAUUGGUCUUCGGGCUCGUGUAAGAGUACAAAAGAGCAAGGUUUCGAGACCGUACAAGCAAGCAGAGUUUGAGAUUAUGUUUGGGGAAGGAGUCAGUAAACUGGGAUGUGUUCUUGAUUGUGCUGAAAUUAUGGAGGUUGUGGUCAAGAAGGGUUCUUGGUACAGCUACGAAGACCAAAGACUCGGGCAAGGAAGAGAGAAAGCACUGCAGCACUUAAGGGAAAACCCUUCUCUUCAAGACGAAAUUGAGAAGAGGGUGAGAUUGUUGAUGUUAGAUGGAGAAGUGCAUCGAUCAACUCCAUUGCUUAGCAGCAGCUCCUCCUCGGUUGAAGAAGAAGAAGACUCGCUUGACGGUUUCCAAUGACUAAACUUAAGCCGAGACUUGGGAUCUAAUCCAUCUUUUCCUAGGGACUGAGUGCCACCAAAGUGUUCCGAUGAUUCACAACACUCAUGUCUCUUGUUUCACCUAUUAUCUUAUCAUUUUGAAACUCCAAAUGGUUCAGUCUAUAAAUAUUAAUGUUGUAUUUCAAGUUCAUUUUUGUGCGCCGUAAUUGCCGAAAGAUGAAUAUACAACAAACACUAGCAUUCUUAUAAAUUCAAAGUAUGUUCUGAGUUUUGUAACAACAUCAGAGAGAAUAGAACAAUAGGAGAAAACAUUUAGAGAAACAUGAGUACACAUUUCUUUAGCAACUCAAGAUUUACUGAGCCAAAGCACUGGUGUUGUA